ACAGAUACAACACGCAAAAGAGGAGGGGAGGAGUGGAAGCAUAUGUGAACAUAGACUGGCUGCCCUGUUCAGUCUAGCUAUGGUCCGCGUAUUCUGUGCAGUGGAGAUGAAUUGUGAAGUCUGAACGUCCACAGAAGUGCACAAGACAGAACGGAACAACCCCCAGAGCCUACAUCCACUCUGGAGACAUUACACGCAGAAAAAUAGGAUGAACUUAACACCACAGCUCCUGGAGCCCUUGCUGGAAGCCUCAAACCUCUCCAGAAAGCAGUUCAUCCAGGAGUAUGGCCUCGCGUCCCUCGUGUAUGUCCCCCGGCUGCCCUCCGUGCUCCAGCCCGUCUUCGGCCUGCUCUACGUGCUGAUCUUCGCCCUGGCUCUGGCCGGCAACACAGCCGUGCUCAUCCUGCUCUGUCGGAGGAAAGCCCUGCAGACACCGAGCACCUUCUUCAUCUGCUCACUGGCCUUGAGCGAUCUCCUGAUCUCCGUCUUCUGCAUUCCUGCCACGCUGCUACAGCACGUCUUCACAAACUGGUUGGCAGGGGAUUUCCUGUGCAAGUUAAUACCGUUUUUACAGGUGACUGCCAUAGCAACCAGCAUUCUCACCAUGACCUGUAUCGCCAUGGAGCGGUUCAAAGGAAUCAUGUACCCACUGAGGCUACAUAGCGGCUUUUCCCCACGGCACGCCAUCAACAUGCUCGUGGCUGUGUGGCUGAUUGCCCUGGGCAUUGCAGGCCCAAUGUGGUAUGCACACAAAGUGGAGGUGAAGUAUGAUUUCCUGUACGAGGUGUCUUACACGUGCUGUCGGGAAGUGUGGCCUCACCCUGGGCAGAGGCAGGCCUACACGGCUGUCCUCUCCGUGCUGGUCUUCCUGGCUCCCAUGCUGAUCGUGGCCCUGCUCUACGGGAGGAUAGUGGCGGAGCUGUGGGGCAAACACAGAGUUCACGAUGUCAUGUUCCAGGCUCUCCCAGGAUCAGAGAUCAAGAAGAUAGCCAGGAAGAAGAGGCAUGCUGUGAAGAUGAUGGCCAUUGUGGUUCUCCUGUUCGCAAUAUGCUGGGCUCCUUUUCAGCUGGUCUCUCUGCUAUCUGACUACGGGAAGCUGAACUUGAACUCGGAUCAGGAGUUCAUGGUGUUCAGCACGGUGCAGAUUUUGGGAUUCAGCAACUCUGUGUGCAACCCGCUGGUGUACGCCGCUCUCAACAGCAGGUUCAAGAGGGACCUGGUGGGGCUGCUGCGACGGGCGCGGGGGUCGGGCUGGUGGCCCGUGCCGCGGAGGGCCCGGGUGGGGGUCCUGGCCCCGGGGGAAGCGCCGUGUGAGGGGGCGGGAGGAGCAGGAGACCCGGGGGCGGUGCUGCUGGAGCAGGGCGGCCGGGGAGGCAGAGCCCGCCACGUCACGCACCUUCCCUCAGCUUCACCUCUCCACGGUCGCCACCGCUAA